CCCCAAAGCUUUCGUUCACUUUGCAAUCGAGAUUUAUCUGAAAAAUUGUCAUUCCCCUUGGAGACGACAAUGCAGAGGUUUUGCACAAAGCUGCGUUCCAUUUCUCUCCAAUCUAAUCGGAAUCUAUCUUUUGCCACUUCUCCUCACCGUCUGAUUCACCCUUCUCCUUCUCCUUCUCUGUGUCGUCACUUAACAACCCUAGGUUUCGCCAAUACGACCAAAUGGAGCUUCCUUCCCGCCGCCGGAGUCUCUCCUCCGUUGAAUGUUAGCUCGAUGGGUUCUCCCUUUGCUCCUCAUCACUUUGUUCAAGUACGGACUAUCACUUCCAAGGAAAAAAUGGCAAAAUGGAAGAAGAAGUGGAGACCUAGGACUCCAAUCACAUCAAAAGUCAAGAAAGUCAAGAUUAAGUUUUAUUCGUCAUUCAAAGACAGGUUUAAACCACUAAAUGAUGGUACCAUCCGUCGCUGGAAAGAAGGCAAGCGUCACAACGCCCACUUGAAGUCAAAGAAAUCGAAGCGUAGAUUGAGACAGCCUGGAUUAGUACCACCAGCAUAUGCUAAAGUAAUGAAGAAACUCAAUUUCUGCAACUGAGGAGAUAGAGAAAGAAUCAGUAUGAUUACGAUGAAAGGCAGUCUCUUCCCUUUUCUUUUUUUACCAGAUAAUUUUGCUCACUGGUACCAGAAAUUUAAUCAUACUCAUUAGUUCUUUAUGCUUCAAAUCACCAAAGGAAUAAAUUAGCAUUUUGGUCCUUUUCCUAAGAGGGUUGGUAUUUGAAAUCUGGUGAAAUUGGCAUUAAAGACUUUGAUCAAUAUCGUUGAAUUGAAAAGAGAAACAAGUUUAUGCUUUCUC